AAAAAAGAUUGUUGUUUAUGGUUGAUGUUGAUUUUGAUUAUUGAACCUUGUUAAAUUUGUUCAAAUUGUGAAAAAUGAGUGCUUUUAAACUAGAGGCUGGCGAUCCAGACUUCAAAGAUCGUCAAAAAAAAGUUUUCGAUCAGCUAAUGGUUCUGGAAAAUAGCAGAAAUUCGACCCCAACAAAAGAAAGGGACCCAAGGGAUGAACCUAGGUCAGAUCGUAGGUCUCAAAAAAAGGAAACCAAACAUUUUCGAGGAAAAGAGAGCAUCUUCAAAAGACCCCAGAAUCCUGCUCCUAAAAACUACAUAAACAAGAUACCAGACUUUAAAAAGAACCCACACAAAUGGACAAAAUAUUCUUUAGAAGAUGUGCAAGAUAUAACUGACGAGAGUAACACAAAAUCUGCAAUGGAUUUCCUAAGAGAGCUUGCAAACAGAAAACAACGUGAAAAUGGAAUGGAAGAAGAGAAACUAGAAGAACUACCAAGCAAAAUUGUUUUCAAUAAACAUUUACGCACAAACACCAUAAGAGACAAAACUACUGCAAUAGAUGGUGAUAUUAAUGAAUCUGAGCAAAAGCCAACAUUUAGCCAUAGCAGCUCAAAAAUUGUAAUGCCCGAGUACGUUAUAGGACAAAAACCACCUAAAAAGGACAAACCCAAAAGAAGUAGCAAGGCAGAUAAGGGAAAAGAAUUGAAACUUGACCAUUUGAUGUUUGAAGACGAUUAAAGAGAACACUGGUAUAGAUUUAAGAUUACCUAUUUAGAAAAAUAAAUCAAGUAAUCAUGUGAAUAUAAAAUAAUAUAUUAGAAUAAUUAACAAAUAAUGGUAAUGGUAUUUAUUAUGACUGAGUUCCAGCUAUACUUAAGGCAAUAACAAAGUCUUCACCUAAAAUAAAUAAAUGCUUGUUUCCUGCAAAAAUACCUGUGAAAAAAAUUGAAAUUAAAAAAGUUACAUUACAGUGCAGAAAAUCUCACCUAAAAUAUGUUUAUUGGGCAAAUUAAAUACGUGCUGCUUAGCAAUAUUUUUCACUCUAACACCAGUAGAUCUUUGUCUCAAAUCAGCUAACAAAGGUAUAUUUUGCCUGUAAAUAAAAAUAUGUCCUACAGACUCGCUGAUUACUGCAUAAUCUAGAUUGGGAGAGCACAUUAAAAAUUUCCUGUUUGUCUUAGAU